AUGAAAAAAGCGAGGGAGUUGUUGCAGGAAUUUAACGACGUGCAAGACAUUCCUACAUGGGCUGUCAUCCCUCAGGUUGAAACAAAAUGGCAGCCACCUGGUGUUGGGCUUUUCAAGAUCAACUUCGACGGAGCUGUGUUUGAGGAUAGGAAGCUUGCUGGUCUGGGUAUUGUCAUCCACGACAAAUCUAGGAUGAUCAUUGCGGCCCUCAGUCAGAAAAUCCCUUUGCCAAGCUCGGUGGACAUGGUGGAAGCUUUGGCUGCUAGGCGAGCACUUAUUUUCGCACAAGAGAUCAGCAUCUUCAAGGCCGUUGUGGAAGGGGAUUCCUUGAAAGUAAUACAGGCACUCAAUAACCCAAAGCCCAACAGAACUCAGCUAGGCCAUAUUAUAACUGAUAUCCAAAGAUUAGGAGCUGGCAUGCAAUUUUGUAAUUUCAUUCAUAUACGUAGGGGGGGCAACAAGUUGGCCCACUCCCUGGCAAAGAGAGCAGUUUUAGCUGCUGAUACAGAUGUGUGGUUAGAAGAACUACCACAAGACUUGAUUGAUGUACUUCAGUUUGAUCUCUCUUAA